AAUUGAUGAUGUAUGAAAGCAAAAUGAAAGCAAAAUAUUGUUUAAUUAUUUAAUUUCCAAAAUUUUCAUCAAAAAUCUUUUCUCCUCUAUUCUUCGAUACUUUAGAUUGUUUAAAUCCUUAAAAAUUAAACUUUAUUCCAAAAAUGAAAUAAAUACGUGUUUACAUUAUAUGAGAUAACAAUUCCAUCAACUGAUAUUAUAACAAACGACAUAUAUAAAAGAACAUGAAAUAAAUGAUUCCAUUGAUCAAACGAUAAUUACAAUACAUUAAAACGCAAGAUAUUGUCUUAAUAUUGAAUGGCAUCGCUAUAAAUAAUAACCUCAACUAUUGCAAUUUAAAUAAGAGAAUUCUGAAAUACUGCUUUUGUUUUUUGAAGAAAACGAUUCGAGAAAAUUUUACUUUAUGAAGAAAUUAAUGUUAUUAGUCGUGACGAUUCAUAUAUUUACAAAACCUGUUCAUUCCGUGAAUGGUGUAAUAUGGAACAAAAAACUCGAGAAUUUUGUGCCCAUUUUCAGUGUUCCAACUUUUGCAACGGUCGAUUAUGAGAUAAAAAAUCAAAGUCGAAAAGAAGAAAUAACCACUUUUCAAGGAAGAAGAUUCAGAUUCGCUUGUUAUGAGGAAUUAAACAUGAUCAUCACCGAAGCUAAUGGAACACGAAUCACUGGAAUAAUAGGCAAGAUUUGGAAUAUUUUAUCUGAAUAUUUAAAUUUCACAUUGAUACCGGUUGUUAUAAAUGACCGGAGUGUAGGAAUUACAAAUUCUCAAGGUAAAUAUGAGCGUGGUUUAUUAAAAUUUAUGCAAGAGAACAAAACGGACGUAAUAUCGAAGAUGGGAGCGUACAAUGUACGACGCAAAAUUUCUCAAUUUACGAUACCUUUAUGGAAAACGAGAUAUCGAUUAUAUGUUCAACAAGAAGUGAUACAUUUACCUACCUGGAUGCUGAAAUUAUUCUCUCAAAAAGUCUGGUAUGCGAUUCUGAUUACGUAUCUUUCGUUAAGUAUGUGCAGCUAUCUUUCUCAAGCGAUAAACUCGAUAAUCAUGCGUAAAAACUUAAAGACAGACUUAAGGGAUCAUCUAUUUUACAAUUUUGGCAUGAUUUGCGGACAAAGCUAUUUUCCAAAGAAUUCGUAUAAAUCUUCAAGAAUGAUAGAAUUGUGGUUGGGUCUAUUUUCCUGUUUAAUCAGGACUGCUUUUGGUGCCCUUUUAAUAGGCUAUAUGUCGCAAACUAUCUUUAUUCCUCCUUUUCAAGAUCUAGAUUCUCUUCUAGAUGAGACUACGUACGAUAUUUUAACUCUGAAUGGUUCUCUACCGUAUUAUCUUUUUAAUCAAAAAAUAUUUUCCGUAUACGAAAAAGCAUCUCGAUUGAAACGAUAUAUUGUUAUGAAUUCAAUCGAAGAAAUGUAUAAAACGAUAUGUUUAUCUGAAAAGUUAUACGCGCUAUAUGAAAGCGAAGAUGUAAAAAUGGCUAGAGAAAUAUACUUUUGUCGAUUAAAUCCAGUUGGAUUUUCUUUGUUUAGUUCGUGGAUAAUUUCAGGACUUUCAUUGAAUUUUAAAUACAAAAGAUCUAUUGAUAUCGGAUUGCUAAAAUUAUAUGAAGUCGGUAUUAUGGACUUAUUGAAAUAUCGUUGGAUAAAAUCAAAAAACGAAGAAAAAGAGAUAAUAAAAAUAUCGGAACCAAUUAUUUUAGAACAAAUAUAUUUGAUAUUAUUGAUAUUCGGUGCUGGAUUCUUAAUAUCCUUUAUAAUUCUUGUAUUUGAAAACUUGAUAUUUUAUUGCAAAAAUUGAUAAAAUAUUUUAUAAAUUAUGAAAAGAUAUUAUUGAAAAAUUUGUAAUUUUUGUAUUAAACUAAACGAUUUAUAUGUUUACUUAUAUAUUUCUUUACUUAAAUAUUACAUUUCUCGAGUAUAAUAACAAAUAUCUAUAUGUAAAAUAAUUAUUAUGUUUUUGCAUUAUCAUAUUGUUUAUCCAAAGUUUCUGGAGGUACUACUUCGGCAACUGAUUCAACAGCACUAUCGGUAGACUCUUCCUUUUCUUUCGGCAAAAUAUAAGUUUUUGA